AUAACACCGAUCAACGAACUCGACAAGCGAACAGCAACACGUCCCUAAUCCCUAUAUCUCCCGUCUCAAGGAGCGGCCACAGUCACUGUUUAGACGGCGCGCGCGCAUCCCGCACAACGCACGAUCCAAAAAUAAUCUUCACCCAGCCGACCGACCGGCGCACAUGCCGUGAAAACAUUUUCGAUUCAAGUUCGAUUAAAUUAUCUAAUUUCGAGUGAUUAGUGUUGUACGUUUAUCGAUAAGUGUGCCGACCGAUGCGGCGAUGUCGCCAACCGCCCUCGGCGGAGAUUUGCCUCAAUGGUGCGGCAAGACAGAGGGCUGCCCCCAGGCGCUGCUCGGCUGGCUAUAUCUGACUCAUGAUCAGAACGAUCAGUGGGUACCCGGCUCAGUAUGGGGUCCGCUGCCCACAGCGGCUACCGGGACUGCCCAGCCGCCAGCAGACGACACCAGCUCACUAGCGGAGCAACUAGCGGCCCUGUCCCUGCGGCGACCACCUCGUCCUCCGCCCCCGGCCUACAUGUGCCACUUGUGCUUCAAGAAAGGACACUAUAUUGGAGAUUGUCCACAGGCCCGUCCGAAAGGCGAAGGCCUAACCCCGUACCAGGGCAAGAAGCGCUGCUUCGGCGAGUACAAAUGCCCUAAAUGCAAGCGCAAGUGGAUGAGCGGGAACAGCUGGGCCAAUAAUGGACAGGAGUGCAUCAAGUGCCGGAUCAACGUGUUCCCACAUAAACAGAGGCCUCUCGAGAAACCCGACGGGUUGGACGUCAGCGACCAGUCGAAGAUACAUCCACAGCAUCUCUGCCAGAAGUGUAGAUCCUUGGGCUAUUACUGUCGACGGGAAUAUUAAUCAAAGUACAGGAAACUUCUAUUAUCAAAGACAGAAGGAAGAGUUGAGGAUACAUUUUAGGCAAGCACGCUUCAUCAAACGGUGCAUUUACAUCAAACGAACAUGGAGCUAGAGCUCGAGCAAGUGCUUCUUUCGUGAUCUAUACCUAAACUAAAAUGAAAGAAUGCUCUACGCCUGUUCAUACUAAAAUAAUUUCUCAUAGUGGGGUUAGAAUGAGCAUUUGCUCCUUUGAUUUAAAUGCACUGUUAUUUAUAGAACACAGCUUACCGUGGUCAAGCGCUUCCCUCUUAAAACCAAAAAAAUUAAAUUCUUUGGAUUAAAGUUUUCAAAAUUUUCUAAAUAUUUCAUAACAAAUAGUAAAAUAAUAUUGCCAAUGUCAAUUAUUAUUAUUAUAUUACUCGGGUAUGGGCGAGAUUAAC